UGGGAAUACUUUACCGGUCGCCAUCUUUGUUAAAAAUGUCCCUGCUCAGAAAUAUUAGAACUUUCCCUGUUUUAGUGCGACAGUGCACUCGUAUGGCUACGGCUGUUCAGCAGCAGAAGCGUGGCUAUGCUGAGAUGGCUUUCACAUUUGCCUCACCAAAUGAGGUUUUCUACAACAGUGCCAAUGUGAAGCAAGUAGAUGUCCCCUCAUUCAGUGGUAGCUUUGGUAUCCUUCCUGAACAUGUUCCUACCUUAGCAGUUCUCAAACCAGGAGUAGUCACUGUCACAGAGGAAGAUGGAUCAGUCAACAGAAUAUUUGUAAGCAGUGGAUCAGUAACAAUAAACGAUGACUCCUCUGUGCAGAUCUUAGCGGAAGAGGCAGCACCUAUUAGCAAUCUAGAUGUCGCGGCUGCAAGGGAAGGAUUAAAUAAAGCCACACAAGAACUGGCAUCUGCACAAACAGAAGAAGCCAAAGCUGAGGCCCAGAUAGCAGUAGAUACAUUUGAAGCUCUUGGCAAGGCACUAGAAUAACAAGCAUGGACUUAGGAUAAUUUAUAAUAUAUUAUUUUGUGUGACAUUCAACAUUUUGAAGACUGAAUAAUUGCCAAAUCUCAUAUUGUUCUAUCAAUACACUGACAUAGAAUUAAGGGAAAUACUCUAGUUGCCGUGGAUACAGUUAUUGUUAAAGUUGGUAUUCAGGGCAAUAUAGAGUUCAUAUUGAUUGUGUCCUUUUAAACUGUUUUCUCUUAGAUGGCAUAUUACAGACCAACUUGCCGCCUUUAUUAUGAUUGCUGAUCGAUUACACACAAUAUUGCAUAUAAAAGAAUAAUAGUGUUUUAUGUAGAGUAAAUACAUCAAAAGCCAAUAAAAAUGUACAGUUGUUGAAAUA